GGAUUUCCUCUGUUAGAGAAAGCUUUUCUCCUCCCCCCUCUCCUUUUUCCCCUCCCUCCAUCUCUCUCUCUGUCUCUCUCUCUCUCUCUAUCUCUCUCUCUCUCCUGCCCUCCCUCUCUCCCUCCCUGAAAAUGUAGUCAGGAAGAAAGAGUACCAAACCAAGCAACAGGCUCUCUGGCAUAGAGCAACUUUUUGCUGCUGAGCUGUAUAAUGGCAGUGAGUUACUUCAGGCAAAAUACAACACUAUCUCCAAACUGGACAGCAGUGCAGAUAUGUCCUCUAUGGAUAUAAGUCUGUCUGCAAAACAAAGCCAUUUCCUGCAUGGAUAAACAAAGAUGACAGCUGGAUAACCUGGACAGAAUCGCCAAAAUGAAUUCCUCCUCUCUGGACUGGUCCAUUCAGAGUGCAUUGUCAUCUCUUUACCCCCCAUUUGAGGCCACUGCUCCAACGGUCCUGAGCCAGCUCUUCCGUACCAUCGAGGCACGCUACCAGGGAGAUGCACUGCAGUGCUUUUUGGAUUACCUCAUUCCAGCCAAGCACAUCCUAGAGAGUGUGCAACAGGCUGCCUGUGCUGAGUACUCUGAUGUUUUGUUCCGGUGUGAAGGUUGGCCUCUCUGUUUGAGAGACCGUGUGGUGAUCCAGCUAGCCCCCAUUAACCCCUUACUGUUACGUCCUGGAGACUUCUACUUACAAGUGGAACCGUUUGGGGAACAGUCAGCCCGUAUAGUCCUCAAGAACCUCCUUGUGCAAGAGGAUCUUUUGGCACAGGAGGAUCUGCUCUUACUAGCAGGUUUUAGAGCACAAAAAGGCCCUGUCGUGGAGGAGACUCCCAUCCCAGAGACAUCCUACCCUUGCAUUUUCACUGAAGCUUGGUUAAAGGAAAUCAAUGAGGGUCGUCAUAGUAAUCAGCUACAUCAAUAUGUGCUUUCUUCUGAUCAAGGGAUUGUGAAGGUGCCUUGGGCAGAAGUAAUCAACCCUGAAUUUCUGAAUAGGCCAAAAGCUAAGGUUGAAUCUAAAGCAUCAUGCACAGCUGCAGGUUUAAUACAGCAACAUAAUACUGAAGUAAACAUGUCUUUUCCUAAAACAACUCUUGAACCAGAAACCAUGAUCCUUCCAGCUAAAAAUGGUGUUGCAGUUUCACAUCGAUUAGUGAAAAGUGGCAACAAAUUUGUUAAGAUGGAUCAAGGGAAACCUGUGAGUAAUCCUGUAGGCAAACCUGUUGGUUGGGUUUCUCCAAAUAUGUGGGACAGCAGGCCCAGUCGAGAGCUGGAGGGGGAGUAUGUCGAUCUUUUGGAUUUUGCCAAAGAUAAGGAUGCUUUAAGCUAUAAAAUAGCUGUUAUGCCUCAAGUUCCAGUGUCUUUCAGACCUCAUUCCCCUCUUUCAAAAGGAGACAGCGCCCCAUGUGUUCAAGCCUCAGGAUUGAUGGAUGAACACUGUGUUCCAUGUUCAAGAAAUAAUCAGUUUUCUGAAGGUCCACAGAAGGAUUCUGAAUCCAAGGGUAGGCAUCGUCAGUCUUACCUAGCAGCUAUUAAAAACCCAGUAAAUUUUGAGAAGGCAAACCCAAUAAUGCCCCUGGAUGAAACAUGGCCAGGCUUAGGAGAAGCAGAAACAGGAUAUGAGGCACAAGGGGUUGACCUUGGGAUUGAGUGUUUGAGCAGUUCACCAGUGCAGGAUUCAAUCCAACUUGGGCAAAACCUAAUACAGUCCUGUACGGAUUCAGUUGAGCAAGAUCAGAACUUAGUUCAAAAACAUAGCUCAAAUAUGAAAGCAAUACAUCUUUCCCAGAACACAGCACUGCCAAGUCUAAACACAGCUGAACAGCCAACGCACUUGCUUACUGAAACACCUCCAGAGAAUCUUCAGAAAAUUGUACUAGAAGAUACUGGAGCAAUUAAUCUCAACAGGCAACAGUGCUUGACUGAGCAGGAAUCCCGUCAGAUGUGGACCAGUGUGCAUAAGCAUCACAAAAUGCAACAUUUGCCCAAAAUGGGACUAAGGGCUUUGCCAGACCAUAGAAGUCACAGACAAGAGACUGGUGCCUACAAAUGUCGAGGUGCAGGCAAGGGAAUUCAAAUAGAUCAGUGUGUGUAUGGCCUUGCACCUCCUCAUAAAUCAAUUCAACAACCUGCAACCUACAACCUACCUUGUCUAUUUCCUCACCCACAGAACUUGCUUGAAGAACAGAACAGUCAAUUGGAACAAAGGCCUAAGUGUGAAAAGCAAUGUGGUGAAAACCCUGUACCAGCAUUGAAAGGUUUGGGGAAAAGCAGGCCUAAAGCCCGCUCUGCUUCCUCAGUAUCAGAGCCAGCCAGGGAGUGUUCACAGGAGGAUAGACCAACCAGCAGGAGUCGCAGUGAUGUUUGUCCAGAAAUCAUUCCCAUGGUUCCUGGAGUUCAGGUUCAAAGAAGCAAGAAAUGCACCUUUGGACUUGUGUCCCCAAAACUAGACAGACGGAAAGCAGCAAACAAUGAAUCAUCAAUAGAUGUGAUAUUCUUCUGUGGAAAAAACAUUUCUGCUACUGGGUCAGUUGAACAGUUUACUGCACUUCAGAAUGGUGCAGUGCUCCAGAGCGCUUCAGCCCAGUUACAAAGCCUCUCUCCUGAACAUGGAAGUCAGCUUACUGCCCUUUCACAUGACCCCACCAUCAAGAAUGUUCUCCAACUGGGCAUCAUCUGUCUGCCAGGCAGUCGCGACAGAGCUGGCAGAGCUGUGCUUGAAGUCCAUGGGGGAAAGAAUGGCUGGGCAUCCCCUAUGCUCUCUCCUUUGGUACUCUGCAAACUGGUCCUUUAUCUUCACUCCAUUCCGAGGAAACAAGUGAGAGAUCUGGGAUUAACAGUCAUAAUUAACAGCCGGAAUGGUCCGAUUUCCUCUGUGCUCUAUAAGGCUUUGCUAAUGGUCCAGGAGCAGGUCCAUCGUGUUAUGCACAGUGUCUUGUUGUUGGUGGAAAAAGACCAAAAUCCUCGAGCAGACAGACCACCAGGAUUACAGAUGGAUAUUAUUACUUCACUAAAAGUUCUUCAUAAGAGUGUUGAUGGACAGCAGCUUACCAGUGAACUUGGAGGAUCUUUCCUUUAUAAUCACAAUGACUGGCUACAAUUCUACCAAAAACUGUUCCUCUUUGAGAUGGACCUUCAGGGAGCAGCCUUAUUAUUACAGAGUGCUAUAAGAAAAUUGGACAGUAACAAGAAAACUGACACGGCAGAGGAUGUAAGGACGUGUAUCCAAGAACAGAAGAGCGCCAUGAAGCAGGUACUUGAAGAUAGACAUAUGGUCAUGCUUCAGAGGGACGGUGGUUCUAUACUAGCCAGAAUGCGGAAGGAAGAAUGUAGAUUUGCUCAUUCUGAAGACUACAGGGACUCAAUGAAGGCUGUAAUGUGUCUGUAUAACAAGGUGGAAGAAGGAGUCCACACUCUGGUUAUGAGGUCCAACCAAUCACUGCAGCAUCUAGAUCAUGUGCUCCUACUGAGGGAAACAGAGGAACAAUUUAACACAAGCAGAGAGUGGUGUGAAGAGGAGGCUAGGAGAUGGCAGAGGGACCUUGACCCAGCAGAAGAAACCAGGGAGAUACUGGAGCAAAGACAUGCAGACAUUUGUGCUGUCCUCACUCAGGCAAAGGAGAGAAAAGAGAAAGCAAUGUCAUUGAUGAAAGAUGUGGAGAGAAAGAUCCAGGGAACAUGUUAUCCUGAGACGGAUAUUUUCCAUAUUCACAUGACAACAUUCAAAACCAACGUGGCAGCUUUUGUGUUGCAAGCUGAACAGCAUAAAUCUGACCUGGAGGCAUUUAUACGUCUGUGUAAUUUCUGUGAGCAGGCCUUUACUCUUACCAAAGAAUGCAGUCAUUAUCUGGAACACAUAGAGAUGGGCUGCUACCCAGAGACAGCCAACAUAAGCAAGCUUAAAUAUUUUCAAGAGAGAUUUAAAGCUUUUUCAUUUGAGCGCUUUGAGGAGGAGAAGAAUAACGCUAUGACUGAGAAACAUCACGAUGUGAUCCGAGUGUGGAGUGAGGCUUGUUUGGCAUGCCAGGAGGUCAAGAAGACGCUGGAGGAGAAGCUGCUAGAGUUUGAUAGAAAGCAAAAGCUACGAACAUUUGUACAGAGGGAUGAAAUGAUGUUGAAGAAUGAGGAACUCUCUUUGCAAACUCCUACUUCCUGCCUAACUAGCUUAUCCUCGGGUAAUGUUAAGGCCCAAUCUCAGCAGAGUGAAGCUCAUAGACAGACACAGAUUCAAGAGAGUCAUGCUAGGGGUAAAUCCGUAAAUAUACACAAAGAUUCAGCAUUAGCAAGCAUCGUAACUGCGAAAUUAGUAAAGUUUCGACGUGAACACCAUAGUGAGACUGAUCUCAGGAACGUUGACCUUGUUGGCAGGGGUGAGAAGACUCUAGCGUUAGGCCGAUCCCAUAGUGAGGGCUCUUGCAUAAGAAGCUUUGAUCCUAUGUUAACUGGGCCUCCAUUAUCUGUGUGUCAAAAAACAUCUACCAGCAAACCCAAUAUGUUGCUAGCUGACAGAGAAUGUGUUGCAUGUCAUCAAGGCAGCUUCUGCUCAGACUUUUCCAAUAUGAAACCUGAAUGGAUCCAAAUGGAUAGUGAAGAUAAGCCAAUUGUCACUCUGGAUGACCAGGAUUCUCAAAUAUCUCGGCAAGAGAGCUUCUGUUCUAGUGUGUCCAGCCCGAGACAGGGCUGGAUGAAAGAGGAGAAAAGCAGCAGGAUCCACCUGGAUGAUAGAAAUUCAGGCUACUCCUCUAGAGACACUACAACUCCAGACGGGCUAAAGGAUACCUCAGACUGCAAUGCUUCCUCAGAACUGGAAAACAGCAGUAAUUUACUUAAAUUGCAGCACAUCAUGGAAGAGUUGUUACAGACAGAAAGAGAAUAUGUGAAAGCACUGGGCUAUGUUAUGGAGCACUACUUCCCAGAACUUGAGCGCCAAGAUGUACCACAAGAUCUGAGGGGACAAAGAGGAAGCAUCUUUGGAAACCUGGAAAAACUCAGAGAGUUCCAUCAACACCACUUUCUCAAAGAGCUAGAACUUUGCUUAAGACACCCUUUUCGUGUAGGACGAUGUUUUCUACGACAUAAAGAGAGUUUUGGUCUCUAUGCUCUCUACAGCAAAAAUAAACCUCGCUCAGACCACCUGCUGGUCAACCAUGGCAAAGAGUUCUUUAAGCAGAAACAGCAGCUGCUUGGAGAUAAAAUGGACCUGUCGUCAUACCUGCUAAAGCCAGUGCAGCGCAUCAGUAAAUACAGUCUGCUUCUGCAAGACAUGAUCCAGGAGUGUGACGCAACGUCACAGAAAGCUCCUGAGCGAGCCGAGUUACAAGCUGCAUUAGAGGUCAUCCAGUUCCAGCUUCGUCAUGGCAACAACCUCCUUGCUAUGGAUGACAUCCAGGAAUGUGAUGUGAAUCUUAAGGAACAAGGGCAGCUGAUUCGCCAAGACGAGUUCCUGGUUUCCUUUAGGAAGAAGAAAUAUUACAGACAUAUUUUCCUUUUCCAAGAUCUUAUCCUUUUUAGCAAGACCAAGAAGACAGAGGUUGGGAAUGACAUAUAUAUCUACAAACAGUCAUUCAAGACUUCUGACAUUGGGAUGACACAUAACUGUGGUGAUAGUGGGCUGUGCUUUGAAAUCUGGUUUCGAAGGAGGAAGUCACAAGACACAUACACACUACAGGCAAGAAGUUAUGAAGUGAAGGAAGACUGGACCAAAGACCUGGAGAGGAUUUUGUGGGAGCAGGCUAUACACAACAGGGAGAUUCGUAUGCAAGAGAGAGUCUUCAUGGGAAUUGGAUGCAAGCCUUUUAUGGACAUUAAGCCCAGUGAAGCUGCCAUCUGUGACCGUGCCAUUAACUGUGCUCUAACAGGACGAGACUGUAAAGCACCUGUUUUCUCUGGGAUACCAGACGCCGAACAAGGAUUUCCUGUCCAGAGGCCGAAUUCUACUGGUUCAACCAGCUAUGUGUCGUCUUGCAGCCACUCAUCUUCAUCCUCUUCCUCGGGGAGAGGAUCUGUCUCACCUGUUGGUUACCACAUUGGCCUUAGUAGAAGAAUUGUUUCUGUGUCUGACCCUGGAAGAUUCUCUAGUCCAGGAGAGCAUGACUUAGACCAAGAAAACGUCAGGCAAAAUCAGCUUGUGGACAGUUCAGAAUCUUCAGGCGAGAGUGUAAGUGGCUUCAGCAGUUCUGGCUACAGUUUCCAGUCGGUGAUUGCAGGAGAACAUGAGGUGCACUCCUUAGAGGUGUCUGACACUGGUCUGGGGAAAGCAUGCCCCCACAAAAUAGAGGACCACCAGCAAAACAAAGACAAACCUUCUAAACCACAAAACCAAAAGAGGGACCAACCACUCAAGGUUCAAGGGAAUAGUCACAUGGGAAAAUCAACUGAAGUUUGAAUAGAAUGUUAUUUUAACCAUGGAGCAUUAUGGACCACGUAGAACUACCGAAUCAACUUGUAAACUUUGUAAAAGUACCUGCUGGUGCUUGUUCUCUCAAAAUUACAGGAGGAUGCUCUCAGUCACCACAGAUAGUUUUAUCCUGGAGAGUGUGAUUGCAAAGCUGAACAACAUACUAUUUAUUAUUGUUUAAUUUUUUUUUUUUUAGAAACUAGCAGUUUCUGCUCACUUGUUUGCAAUACAUAAUUUUGUACUCUAUUUGUUAUCCAAAUUGUUAGCUUAUCCAAUGUGACAGUUGUUGUGGUUACUGUAUGCAUUUUGUUUUUCCUUUUCUGUAUGAGCUGAUUGAUGAUUUCCUGUUUCCUGUUAAAUGUGUAUAUGCAGUAUUGCAAAAGGGAGUAAAAAAUACUUAAAAUUUUUGUAGAUGUACUUGGCAAAGGCACUGUAUAUGUCUGAAUGCAAACCAAAAUUAAAAAUCAUCACUUACAACCUGGAGGGUCACACUCUAUUGGAACUGUAAGAAAGAUGAACUUUUGUUUCCAUUCUUGACAUGAUUCCAGCAGUAAAGGUACACAUUUUACUGAAAAUAUCAAAAGCAGGUUAUGAAGCAAAGUUGAGAGUUUAACAAGCAAACCCAAACUGACUUCUUGAUGGUUUAUAACGUGUAGACCAAGCCAAAAACAAUUAUAUUCUAAUAUAUUCAGAGAGAAAUGGUGAAAAGCAAAAGUUCUGGUAUCUAAAGUGGUUCAUACCUUUACAUAUGUUAAAGCUCCAACACUACAGGUGAAUCCAUGUGUAUAAUCAUGCAUUUGCAUCUGGUUGGCAGAUAAGAUCAGUUAUCCCU